GAAGGCCUUCCCCAGUUAAAGGUCCACCUUUCAUUUCCUGUCGUUACAGCUGUCUGUCGAGGGCGUGUGGUGAGAGUCCCUUCGGGCAGCCUGGUUCGGGUGGUGGGCACCGAGCUGGUGAUCCCCUGCAAUGUCAGCGACUACGAUGGCCCCAUUGAGCAGAACUUUGACUGGAGCUUCUCAUCUUCGGGGAGCAGCUUCUUGGAGCUCGCCAGCACCUGGGAGCCGGGCUUCCCAGCACAGCUGUACCGGGAGCGGCUGCAACGGGGCGACAUUCUGUUGAGGAGAACCGCCAAUGAUGCUGUAGAACUGCACAUAAAGAAUGUCCAGCCCUCAGACCAAGGCCACUACAAGUGCUCAACCCCGAGCACAGACGCCACUGUCCAGGGCAACUAUGAAGACACAGUGCAGGUUAAAGUGCUGGCAGAUGCCCUGGUGGUGGGCCCCAGCUCUCGGCCUCCUCCAGGCCUGAGCCUGCGUGAGGGGGAACCCUUUGAGCUGCGAUGUAUCACAUCUACCAUGUCACCAUUGCAUACUCACCUGGCACUUCGGUGGGAACUGCACCGUGGUCCAGUACACCGCAGCAUCCUAGCCCUAAGCCAUGAGGGCAGGUUUCACCCAGGCCCUGGCUAUGAGCAGCGCUACCACAGUGGGGAUGUACGUCUGGACACAGCGGGCAGUGAUGCCUACCGCCUCUCCGUGGCCCGGGCGCUCUCUGCAGACCAGGGUUCCUACAGGUGUGUGGUCAGCGAGUGGAUCACAGAGCAAGGCAACUGGCAAGAAAUCCAAGAAAAAGCUGUGGAGGUGGCCACCGUGGUGAUUCAGCCGACAGCUCUGCAAUUGGCUGUGCCCAGGACUGUGUCUGUGACUGAAGGAAAGGACCUGGACCUUUCAUGCAACAUCACAACAGACCGUGUGGAUGAUGUUCGACCCGAGGUGACAUGGUACUUCAAAAAGACACCUGAUGCCUCCUUGCUUGCCUCCCACAUGCUGGCUCGGCUGGACCGUGACUCCCUGGUACACAGCUCACCACACGUUGCUCUCAGUCAUGUGGAUACCCGCUCCUACCAUCUGCUGGUGCGAGAUGCUAGCAAAGAAAACUCUGGCUACUACCUUUGCCUUGUGGCCCUCUGGGCUCCUGGACAUAACAGGAGCUGGCACAAGGUGGCAGAGGCCAUGUCUGCCCCAUCCAGUGUAAGCGUGACCUGGCUAGAACCAGAAUACCAAGUCUACCUGAAUGCGUCUAAGGUCCCUGGGUUUUCAGAUGACCCCACAGAACUGCAAUGCCGGGUGAUAGACAUGAAGCGCGUGGAGGCCGGUGUCCGACUUACCGUGUCAUGGUACUACAGAAUGAACCGUCGCAUUGGUGACGAAGUGGUGGCCAGUGAGCUUCUUGCAGUCAUGGAUGGAGACUGGACUCUAAGAUACGGAGAAAGGAGCAAGCAGCGGGCCCAGAGUGGAGAGUUUAUAUUUUCUAAGGAGCACACAGACACAUUCAGUUUCCGGAUCCAAAGGACUACAGAGGAAGACAGGGGCAAUUAUUACUGUGUUGUGUCUGCCUGGACCAGGCAGAGAAACAACAGCUGGGUCAAAAGUAAGGACGUCUUCUCCAAGCCUGUCAACAUAUUCUGGGCCUCAGAAGAUUCUGUGCUUGUGGUGAGGGCACGGCAGCCAAAGCCCUUCUUUGCUGCAGGAAAUACAUUUGAGAUGACUUGCAAAGUGUCUUCCAAGAAUAUUAAGUCACCACGCUAUUCUGUUCUCAUCACGGCCGAGAAGCCUGUUGGGGACCUCACCAGUCCCAAUGAAACCAAGUACAUCAUCUCCCUGGACCAGGAUUCCGUGGUAAAAUUGGAGAACUGGACGGACGCAUCGAGGGUGGAUGGCGUUGUGUUAGAGAAGGUUCAAGAGGAUGAGUUUCGAUACCGAAUGUACCAGACUCAGGUGUCUGAUGCAGGGUUAUACCGCUGCAUGGUGACAGCCUGGUCUCCUAUUGGUGGUAGCUUGUGGCGAGAAGCAGCGACUAGUCUCUCCAAUCCCAUUGAGAUUGACUUCCAAACCUCAGGUCCCAUAUUUAAUGCCUCUGUGCAUUCAGACACGCCAUCAGUCACCCGGGGAGACCUCAUCAAAUUGUUCUGUAUUGUCACUCUGGAAGGAGCAGUGCUGGAUCCAGAUGACAUGGCCUUCGAUGUGUCCUGGUUUGCAGUACACUCCUUUGGCUUGGACAAGGAUCCGGUCCUCCUAUCCUCCCUGGACCGGAAGGGAGUCGUGACUACGGGCCAGAGGGACUGGAAGAGUACUCUCAGCCUGGAGCGAGUGAGCGUGCUGGAAUUCUUGCUGCAAGUGCAUGGCUCUGAGGACCAGGACUUUGGCAACUACUACUGUUCUGUGACUCCAUGGGUGAGGUCACCAACAGGUUCCUGGCAGAGGGAAGCCGAGAUCCACUCCAGGCCCAUCUUUAUAACUGUGAAGAUGGAUGUGCUGAAUGCCUUCAAGUACCCACUACUGAUUGGCGUGGGCCUGUCUACAGUCAUCGGACUCCUGUCCUGCCUCAUCGGGUACUGCAGUUCCCACUGGUGCUGUAAGAAGGAGGUUCGGGAGACACGCCGGGAGCGCCGCAGGCUCAUGUCCAUGGAGAUGGAUUAAGCAGAGGAGAUGGAGGGACAGAGGAACAUUGUAGGAAUGGUGGGGGUGAGAAGAGGACCAGUGAUAUUUUAAAACAAAGUGUGUUACACUAAAACCAGUCCUCUCUAAUCUCAGGUGGGACUCGGCGCUCUCUCUUUUCUGCAUGUCAAGUUCUGAGCGCGGACAUGUUUACCAGCACACGGCUCUUCUUCCCACGGCACUUUCUGAUAUGUAACAAUCGAGUGUGUGUUUCCCCAGCUGCAGCUUUUUAAUGGUUAACCCUGGUCUAAUUAGUUUUCUCCUAGCGGCUUAUCGACCCUCUGAUUUGUGUGUGUUGAUCACUUUUGAUGUGAGGGAUUGUGGUGAGGAAGGGUGAAGGUGUUCAGAGUUGGUCCUCGUGGGUGAGAGGGUACCUGCCCUCCUGAGAACCAGCAUCCACAAGGGGCUGGCAUCUGGAGAGUUGCUACCUGCGGCCCUCCCUGCUGGCCCAGAGCUGAUUAAGACCUGCGCCAAGGCAAGCUGUGGCAUUCACUACCCUGCCCAUCCCCCAUUUUCAGGAGUUUAAACUAUGUUAGAACCUAAACUCAGAGUCUAUGACUUCUUGAUCCAUAUGCCCUUUGUGUUUUCCCUUCUUCUCUACCCUCUUCCGUUUCCGGGUUUGUUUCUGUGAGAGUGAGGAAAUGGCAGCCCUGGAGUCUAGAAUUUGGCUUUCCACCAAGCACCUUAUCUCGACACCUUAGCCUUAAGAAUGAGUAUGAAGAAAAAUCCACCGCCACCUCUGUCCAGGGCAGGUCUGUGAGCAAGAGGACACUGGGGGCAAGGAAAGAAAUGGAUGCUGUCUCUCCCCGGUAGUUCUGAGGCCACUGUGCUCCAGGGACCCCAGGGAGAGCAGCAAUAGAGGGCGUCUGAAUGUGCCGCUGAGCCAGGUGCCCUGUCACUUCAUGAGAGGCACUGUUGCUGGUUGCCACAGGACCUGCAUGGGAGCCGUGGUGUGCCACAUCCUUCGCUUGUCUCUUGAGCUCCUUCACACAAAAGCAGAUUGCUGCCUGCAAUACUGACUUCAAGGAAUCAGAAAUUGCCUAGAGCAAGUGUGUGUGUUCCAUGACCUUUUCAGUCCUUGAAGUCUUUUUAAGAUCCCUACAGGGGGUAGUGAAGAGGGGUGUAUUUUAUGGACGUUCGCCUUCCUAUUAGGAAUAUGAAGGGAACCUAGCAAUUUACUGUCAUGUGAAUGGCCUGUAAAAUAGGGUUGAGAGCAGCUGGCUCUGCCUGACUGGGCACAGCAGGAAUUAGGACAGUGGACAGACACACCUUCCAGGUUCCCAGUGCCUGCUCCAUCAGGACCUCAACCCACCCAAAGUCUCUCACCUCAGCACAGACCUUCCACAAGCCUCCCCUGGGUACCAAGGCUCACGCCAACUGGUACCCUCGCUUAUCCCUUUGGCUCUGAAAGAUUUAACACUAUUGUCUUCCAAAGUGUGUUGGGGGAGAUUCCUUUGUUUUGAGCAAUAAAGUAAUACAAAUAGAUGCCAUUCA